AUGGCGCUCGUCGCAUCCCCUUCCGCCCGUCGCACUCACUUCUGCCCAUCGCACUCCCUCCGCCCGUCGCACUCCCUUCCGCCCGUCGCCCGCCCUUCCGCCGUCGCCCUCCCUUCCGCCCGUCGCCCGUCGCCCUCCCUUCCGCCCGUCGCCCUCUCUUCCGCCCGUCGCCCUCCCUUCUGCCCGUCACCCUCCCUUCGUCUCAUCGCCUUCCCUUCCUCCCAUUGCCCUCCCGACCGUUCGCCGCCCUACCUUCCCCUCGUCGCGCUCCCUUCCGCCCGUUUCCCCCCCUUUGUCUCGUCGCCCUCCCUCUCGCUCGUCCCCUCGCAAUCCUCGUAUCUCUCUCUCCCCUCGUCGCCCUGGCAUCCCCGUCACUGUCGCCAUCCCUCCCUUCUCCCUUCCCAACUCGCACAAUUGUCACGCCCCCUUUCCAACCCGCACACACCCUUCCCUUUCCCCAAUGAUCGCCUUUCACCACCACACUGCUUACCUCUCUCUUUCUUCCCCACAUCAUUUGCGGGCUCCCCACCGUCCUCCCCCCAGCUCUCUCCUCGGCAUCUCCCCCGCUCCCCACGUCCUGCUUCCCCCCAUCCUCUUCCCCGUUUCCACAGGGUUUCCCGCGCUGCUUCCCCCCAUCCUCUGAUUUGCUUCCCCCCAUCCACUUCCCUGCUUCCCCCCAUCCCCUUCCCUAAUUCCCCCCAUCCCCUUCCCUGCUUCCCCAUGUCCCUUUCCCUGCUUCCCCCCAUCCCCUUCCUUGCUUUCCCAUGUCCCUUUCCCUGCUUCCCCCCAUCCCCUUCCCUUCUUCCCCCCAUCCCUUUCCCUCCUUCCCGCCAUCCCCUUCCCUACUUCCCCCCAUCCCCUUCCCUGCUUCCCCAUGUCCCUUUCCCUGCUUCCCCCCAUCCCUUUCCCUGCUUCCCCCCAUCCCCUUCCCUACUUCCCCCCAUCCCCUUCCCUGCUUCCCCAUGUCCCUUUCCCUACUUCCCCAUGUCCCUUUCCCUGCUUCCCCCCAUCCCUUUCCCUGCUUCCCCCCAUCCCGUUCCCUGCUUCCCCAUGUCCCUUUCCCUGCUUCCCCCCAUCCCCUUCCCUUCUUCCCCCCAUCCCUUUCCCUGCUUCCCCCCCAUCCCUUUCCCUGCUUCCCCCCAUCCCUUUCCCUGCUUCCCCCCAUCCCCUUCCCUGCUUCCCCCCACCCCCUUCCCUGCUUUCCCAUGUUUCUACCUACCACCUGUCAGCGCGCCACCCCAUUUUCACCGAGCGCAACACAGGACGGGUGGGCGCCUCGGGCGCGACCGGUGA